UCGUACUGUUUUUUCUUUACGUUUCCUCCUCUUGGUAAGAGACUACCCUCUAGCAUACGCUCCUUAGUAAUUACCGAAAGUAAAAUUACUUAUCUAAGAGAAAGCGCAUUCAAGGGACUUACCUUACUAACUAAUAUAAAUCUAGGUUACAAUGAGCUCACUUCUAUUGACGAAAACUUAUUUAAAGGCCUGAAGAACCUUAGAGCCCUGAGCUUACACGUCAAUCAAAUUAAGUUAAUAGAGGCUAACUCCUUUAGCGGCCUUAAAAGGCUUAAAAUCUUAGAUCUUUACAAUAACAGGAUUAACUUUAUUGGAUCAUCUCUUUUCUCUGCGUUGAGUAAUUUAGCUUCCCUUAAUUUAGGAAAUAAUCAACUUACUUCCAUUGAAAACCUAGUAUUUAAAAAUCUAAGAAACCUAAAAGAUUUGAUUUUAGCUGGAAACAUGAUUAAAGUGAUCAAUAAUAAUAUGUUUGAGGGUCUUGAAAAUCUAGAACGUUUGUAAGUUUUUGCGUGCUUAUCUCAUACCUUUUAAUGGUCAACUGUAUGGGGUGUUAUGGCCGAAGAAGAGUUCCAAAAGGUUUUUUAAGCAAAAUGUCAUUUUAGAUUAAGGAUGUCCAGUAGUCCUUCAUUAAAAAGUACCACAAGCUAGCUAAAUGAAAUUUUUAAGCUAGUUUGUAUUGUAUAGCGCCCGACGACUACUAUAAAAGUUACCAAUACAGGUAUCUUGAUGAUAAUAGCAUUGAAAAUAUUGAAGAGAUGGCUUUUGUUAAUUUAAAUCAUUUAAAUUAUUUAUCCCUUCACAAUAACAGACUUACUACGAUGCCCUAUUGUGCGUAUUUUUGUUUACCAAAAAUAACGUAUUUAGGUUUAGGAAAUAACCAACUUAAUUCAGUGAAUGGCCAAUUUCUUAAAGAGCUUACACACAUUACUGAAUUGCACCUAUAUGGGUGCUUUAUUGAAUCAGUUUCUGACUCCGCAUUUUCUGGCCUUACGGCGUUGAUAAAUUUGAGUUUACAACACAAUAAAUUGACUAAAAUAAGUGAGGAAACGUUUAAGGGAUUACAUAAAUUACAAGAGUUACAUCUGUAUAAUAAUGAAAUCAAAUCAAUCCCCACCAAUGCCUUUUCUAUGUUAGGAAAGCUAACCUUCUUGAAUCUUAAUAAUAAUGCUAUUACCGAUAUUGGGCCUAACGCUUUCAAUAGCUCUUUUAAUUUUAACCACCUGGUUAUCAGGCUGAAUAAAAAUUUUCUUUGUUGCUCGCGUGCCAUAUAUGGCUUUUUAAACUUUUCCAGUCCCUUGUGCACCCACAACGGGGCACUUAAGACGUUUCCUAAUUUUUCCGCAAAGAGCUGCAGUACUAAUCACUUAGCGAGCCACAAUGGAACAGUAUUAUUGACUCCUUUUACUCCCCACGAAGCACAAGUUGUUUACUCAGUAAAUAUUAGUAUGGUAAUAAAUGCCUCAAAAGUAAUUUAA